AUGGUGGAAGCAGCGCUAGGGUUAGCUGGGCUGAAGACAAUCCAAGCUACGUUGAGUGCGCUGUCGCUGCUACAUUUGACGUCCCAUCGAUUCCCGCCUGCAGCCUCGCUUACAGGCAACCUAGAGUUCGACUAUGUGGUGAUCGGAGGGGGUACAGCAGGCAGCAUCGUUGCCAGCCGGCUGUCUGAAGACCCUAAUGUCACCGUGGCCAUAAUAGAAGCUGGAGGUGACCCUCCUCUUGAAUCCGUGCUUCCAGGCCUCUUCACGCUACAGCCGUUAGCCAGUUAUGACUACAAUUACUUAGCUCAGAACAAUCACUACACAUCCCAAAACAUCAUGAAGCAUAAGCCCGGUAUGACCGCUGGUAUGAUGCUUGGAGGAACCAGUGCCAUGUCCCACACUUUCCACUUGAGAGGAAACCCUCACGAGUUCGAGAAAUGGGCAGAAGUGGCAGGAGAUGACUCCUGGAACUACGACGGAAUGUUGCCAUACUUUAUCAAAAGUGAGAGGAUUAACGACGCUGAAAUUCUCAACGGACCUACCGCAGACCUCCACGGUACCACUGGCAACAUCGGCCUGACCAGACAAUUCGAUAACACCAACAACGACUACAUUGAGGCCUUCAAAGAAAUAGGAUACGAUUACAACCCUGAUGUCAACAGCGAGAACAAUCUAGGAGUCAGCUAUCCGUACCACCUUAUCUUUGAUGGGACGAGACAAGAUGGCGCCGAGUCGUACCUCAGUCCCGCUAAAAGUAGAGACAACCUUUACGUCUUUAAACACACAACAGCGACGAAAAUCAUCUUUGAUGACGACAAGAACGCAGUAGGAGUGCAAGUGACCGCCGGCUUGUUCAAGAAGGCCACGAUAAAAGCGACUAAAGAAGUUAUACUAGCAGCAGGAGUAGUCAAAUCUCCUCAACUGCUGAUGUUGUCUGGUAUAGGGCCAGCUUCACACCUGAAAACCUUCAAUAUUCCCGUCCUAUCUGAUUUGCCAGUGGGGCAGAACUUGAGAGAUCGCGUCGGAUUAGUGGUACCUUUCAAAAUGCAGGCUUCAAGUGCUCUCACAACUAUAUCAGACCCUACCAAAUUCCCUGUGCCAGUGACAGUUGGCUACAAAGCUUUGAACGAGUCGCAAUCGUAUCCAGAUUUCCAGACACUCAAUUUAGUGUUCCCCCACGAUUCCUCAGGGCUUCUGAUGAUCUUGUCUAAUGUAGUCAAAUACGAAAAUGACAUCGUUGACAGAAUUUACAGCAAUAAUAAAGGCCAUGAUUUGUUACUGGUGACAGUCAGCAGUGGGCAUCCAGAAUCGACUGGAGAACUUCUCUUAAAGAGUAAAGAUCUAUCUGACACCCCGUCUAUUUCUUUAGGUCACUUUAGCAAUCCGAAAGACUUGGACCAAAUGGCUGAGUUCUUGCUAGAUUUAUCCAGGCUAGUGAACACGACGUACUUCAAGAAUGUUGGAGCGGAAUUAGUAGAUCUCAAUUUGAAGGAAUGCAGGAGCAUUCAGAAGGAUACUGUUGAGUUUUGGAAAUGUUACGCGGUGGGUAUGUCCACAACUUUUUGGCAGUACUGUGGAUCGUGUUCCAUGGGGUCUGUAGUGGAUUCCAAGUUGAAGGUCAAUGGUGUGGACCGCCUAAGAGUGGUAGACGCUAGUGCCAUGCCUUCUCUGAACAGCGGGGAGAUUCUAGCAGCUGUAAUUGCCUUUGCUGAGAAAGCUGCUGAUUUGAUCAAGGAUGACUUUGACUCAUAGGUCUUGAAAAAAUAUCUAUGAAUUAUAACA